UACGGACCAAACUGAUAUCGUAAAAGAAGAGAAAACCCCCUCCGAAUCAAAUUUCAAUAGAUCGCAGACAGAGACACAGUGGCGCUGAAAUGGAAGAGAGAUCCACCGAUUCGGAAUCGAUUGUUAUAGAAACCCUAAGAAGCAGAGGAUGGUGUUUAGGAGACGUUGAGCUUGUGAAGGCCAUCAUCAUGAUCCACUCCGCUUUGGCCGAUGAUGCUUCUACCGUGGUGGAUUCAGUGGAGUCUGAGCUCAUGAACACCGAUCUUAAAUCUAUCGGAGACAAGUCCCUACCCGACCCCUCGCUUCUUCGCAACCGCAAGUCCUCCCAUAUUCUCGGUCCCAAAGUCCUUCAGGUAUCUUCAGUGAGAGACAUAACAAAAAGCAGCAUUGAGGAUGUCUCACGAAGUUCAAGUAGUCGGCGACUCCUAAAGUUAGGUCUCACUGAUGGGCACACCGAGAUAACAGCUAUAGAGUUCGCUCCUGUCCCGUUGGUUCCAGACGACCUUGUUCCAGGAGCUAAGGUCCGUUUGGAAGAUAAAGCUACAAUACGUAGUGGUAUAGUCUGUUUAAAUCCUAAAGUGUUAUCCUUCUUAGGAGGAGUUGUUCAACCACUCUAUGAAGAAUGGCAGAUGAACCAGAAAUAUUCAGGUUUCUCCCGGUCAUCUUUGAGACUAUCACCGGAAAGUGAUACAGGAGGCCCUCCUCCAUUCGAGAAGCUGCAAAUUAGGGCACCUUCAUGCCGGUUUGUUCAGCAAGGAAAAUCUUCUGAUUAUGCUGGGUCUUCUUCCAAGAGCCAUGGCCCUAAUGCUGUCACUGGAAAUACUGAUUUUAAGCCAACUGAAAGGAAGCAAAAACUUGAUAAGUCAACUGACAUGAUCUGGAACCCAAAAGCAGCCACUGUUACAGAGAGGACUGAAGAAAAGCCAAGCAGCUUUGAAAUGAGACCAAAAGAAGAUUAUGCUGGGUCUUCUUCCAAGAGCCAUGGCCCUAAUGCUGUCACUGGAAAUACUGAUUUUAAGCCAAAUGGAAGGAAGCAAAAACUUGAUAAGUCAACUGACAUGAUCUGGAACCCAAAAGCAGCCUCUGUUACAGAGAGGACUGAAGAAAAGCCAAGCAGCGUUGAAAUGAGACCAAAAGAAGAUUAUGCUGGAUCUACUUCCAAGAGCCAUGGGCCUAAUGCUGUUGUUGGAAAUACUGAUUUUAUGCCAACUGGAAGGCAGCAAAACCUUGAUAAGUUAACUGACAUGAAUAGGAAUCCCAAAACAUCUUCUGUUACAGAGAGGACUGAAGAAAAGCCAAGCAGCUCUGAAACAAGACCAAAAGAAGUGGUGGAGUCUGUCCCUGUUCAAAAUCAAGCUGCUGCACAGAAACUACUCCAGAAAAUGAAUCAUCAAAGCUGGGAUGGUCGACAUUCCAAAGGUCAAAGACAUAGGGGAAAGGGGAACCAAGAAGAGCCAGUUGUUUUCACUUUGGAUGAAUGGGAAAGGAUAAAAGCCGAGGGAAAGCCUUUAAAGAAAGAUGAGCUUCCAGACAUUCGUCGUGACGAGAAGCUUGCAUGGCAGCUUCAAAACGAAUUUGAUUCUGAAGAUUUUCAUGUACAAAGGGGUCCACAUAAAGCAGCAGGGGCAGAUGACUUGAGAAUGAGUAUGUUUAAUUAUACAAGAGAUGACGAUAGGUUUCGUGCAUCAGGACACGGAGGGGGUGGAAGGGGAAGGGGAAGGGGAAGGGGAAGGGAAAAGGGAAAGUGGAAGGAAAGGGAGGGGGGAAGAGGAAGACGUGGUUAAAUUUUGAUCUCCCUCUCAAUUACCUAUAUUCUCAUAUAAUCUUGGUGUGUUAUAUAAGCUGUAACGCCCUUUCACCUAUAUCAAAACUCCAGUGCAUCACUUUGUUGAUUUUGCUUCAUUUCAUCUUCAGUAUCAUUCAUCAGAUUUCGAUUUUCAAUGCUGAUCA